AUCUUCUUCCUGGUGACGUUACUCUUCGUUGGCAUCGUCUGGAUAUACCUUUGGCGCACUGAGGCCGCCCUGAGUGAGCGAUGGGUGCCCGAUCCGGCCACGGAAUUUUUCAGCCAACAACCCUUGCAUCCACCAUCUCAGCGAACCCGUAUCACUGAUUACACCCUGCCUCUGCGAACUCAAGGCCGUCAUGUGGUCGAUGCCGACGGGCGUCGCUUUAAGCUUUCUUCGAUCAACUGGUAUGGAGCCAGCGAUGAGCUCUUUGUGCCCGGCGGACUGGACAUCCAGCACCGCAAAACCAUCGCAGAGUCGAUCAAGCGGCUGGGCUUUAACAGCGUCCGGCUGCCUUAUGCGGACGAAGCGGUCAUGAAGAACCCCGUCAUUGACGCCGAGCUUGUGAGCGCAAACCCGGACCUGGCCGGGAAGAGCGCGCUGGAUGUCUUCGAAGCCGUCGUAACGGCGCUGACAGACGCGGGCAUCGCUGUCAUUGUGAACAACCACAUCACUAGUGCCACUUGGUGCUGCGGCGCGAACCCGUGUGAUGCAGCUUGGGCCAACGACUACCUGGGCUCCAUUUGCCGUGUAAAGCAGACAGAGGAAGAGUGGAUUCAGCACUGGGAGACCAUCAUGCAACCACUGAUUAAGAACCCGCUUGUGAUCGGUGUCGAUCUCCGCAACGAGAUCCGUGGUCUUUGGGCCACGAUGCCAUGGUCUAAGUGGGCGACGGCGGCCGAGAAGUGUGGAAACCGUCUGCUGGCCAUGAAGUCGAGCUGGCUUGUCAUUGUCGAAGGCACAGAGUCUUCCAACGACCUCUCUCAUGUCGGUGAACGUCCCGUCCAGCUGGAUGUGGAAAACCGAGUAGUGUACUCGGCGCACGUUUAUGCGUGGUCCGGAUGGGGCAGUACCGAGGGUCGGUUCCUUCAGCGAACGUAUGAGUCUUUUGCCGAGACAAUGCGACACAAUUGGGGAUAUCUGCUCGAGGGCGACGUGGCGCCGGUGUGGGUCGGCGAGAUUGGUUCCGGGCGGGCUCCAUCAAUGGGCUCAGCCAACUACUGGCAGAACUUGAUGCGUUAUCUCAAGGGCAUGGACGCUGACUUUGGGUACUGGGCGAUAAACCCGCGUAAACCUGCCGGCAACGUCUCGGAGUCAUACUCACUGGUCCAGGAUGACUGGGUAACGCCGGUGCUGGAUUAUCGGAUGAAGGAUAUGGUGGAACUCAUG